UUCUUGUUUUAGCUCGAAGGACGUCCUCUUUAAAGGGAGAAUAAAACGCCCCAAAAGUGAGAUCAUGAAUCCACUGACACGGAACCUCUCUUUCCAAAUUUCCACCGUCGAUAUCGUCAGACAAAGUUAUCGAACGCAACAUUUGACCAAUUGCAAUUCAGUCACAUCACUGCACUUACCUAGCUCAUCGUCAUCGUCAUCUUCAUCUUCAUCUUCAUCAUCUUUUGCUGCUACUCUUCUUCGAGGACGACCUUUACUUUACAUCCGUCCUCAAACCCCUGCAGCGGCAGCGCAGAGAGAUCAGCAUCGAUCAAUGGCCGCCGAAGACGAUCGCAUCGCCGGGAUUGCUUCCGCGAUCCGGGUCAUUCCCGACUUUCCCAAACCCGGGAUUCUGUUUCAGGAUAUAACGACGUUGCUACUGGAUCCCAAGGCGUUCAAGGACACGAUUGAUUUGUUCGUUGAGAGGUACAAGGACAAGGGCAUCUCUGUUGUUGCGGGUGUUGAAGCAAGAGGUUUUAUAUUUGGGCCUCCCAUUGCGCUAGCUAUUGGAGCUAAAUUUGUCCCUAUGAGAAAACCCAACAAGUUGCCAGGGGAUGUUAUCUCAGAAGAGUACUCUUUGGAGUAUGGAACCGACAAGAUAGAGAUGCACGUUGGGGCUGUUCAAGCAGGAGAGCGUGCCUUAGUAAUUGAUGAUCUUAUUGCAACAGGGGGUACCCUGUGUGCUGCGAUCAAUCUACUUGAGCGUGUAGGCGUGAAUGUUGUCGAGUGUGCCUGCGUGAUUGAAUUGCCAGAGCUAAAGGGUCGGGAGCGGCUAGGAGACAAACCACUCUUCGUCCUUGUUAGCUCAACUUGAUGUUACUUGCAUUGUAGACCUGCAUGUGGGUUUACAAAGUUUUAAUUCACUAGUCUAAAAGCUAGAAAUGGCCUUAUGAAGACCAUUUGAUUGAAUGGGGAGAGGAUUUGACUGAAUACUAGGGUUUGUUCUAUGUAGUUCUUAGCAUGGUGAGAUAAAUAGGGGUAUGGGUUGUGUUGUGGCUACGUGUUAUGCAAGUGAGUUUGACUUCAAUUUCAUGCCAGGAUGGAUGUAUAGUCCAUAUGGAAACCUCUCUUCCGUUUGUGUACUAACUGAUGAUUGCAAUAGGAGAAUUUUUUGCAACCUUA